UUCCUUCUGGAGCAUCAGUGUGCGUUUGAACCUUCUGUAAUAGUUGCAUAUGAGUCCCUCAGUUGUCCUCAGUGUGAAAAGAUGGAUCUCAAAAUCAUACAGUCAUUGUUGGAAAGGGUUCAAAUACACAAAAAUGCUGGAAAACCAAAGAAUUUGUGGGACCUGAAGGAUUUUUCUGAAGAACAGCAGGCAGUUUAACUGUUCAGGACAAACAAGGGACUCAGGAACAACUAUCAGUAAACAAAAAAACACAGCUGUGGAUCAUUCAGGUAACAACACAGUAUUAAGAAUCAAGGGGAUGUCCUUUUGAACGGGGUCACUUUUAUAAAUUCAACUAUUAUUUUCUCUUGUGGACUAUAUGUAAACAUCUUUUAUGUGAAAUAUCUUAUUCAGGUCAGCACUAAAUAAACAAUAACAUGCAUUUUGUAUGAUCCCUCUUAUUUUGGUAAAAUAAUAAACAUUUUGCAGAUUCUGAAAGGGGGAUGUAAACUUUUGACCUCAACUGUAUAUCCUUAUCUAACAAGUAGACACCUAGAUACAUGUCUGUGUUAUCUGACUGGUCUAGGUGUCAUUCCCAUAAAAAUGAAAUCCAAUCAGAAACAGUGUUUUUAUAUGCUCAUUGGUUUAAAAUCAUAAAUCAUUCACUUAUAAACUAUUGACCUUUCACUUAAAAACCUGAAAAAAAUGAAAGACUACAGCUUGAGGCCCCUUGGACUUAGAGGCCCAUGGCACAUGGCCAACAAUCCAUUCGGGCCUGUGGUUAAUCAGUCCUUAAACCAGGUAAUGCAAAUAUCCGGAUGAAAGCUGCUGGAAACUCAUGUCAUGCAUUCAUUUAUAGGUAUUUGAACACCAGCGCUUCGUGGAGGACACAAACAUUUUGUUACAGAUACCUUGAGAAAAUGAAAGUUCAUUGAAAAACCUCCCAGACAAAUCUGUUCAGGCUUUGAUAAUGACAAAAAACAUAUCAGUAUUUAGGAAAACAGUCAAAAACCUUCAGCUAUGAUUUUUUUUGUUACUAAUCUGUAUGAAACUGCUUCUACUGAACACACUACAGUUGGCCCAGACAUGAAGAGUCAUUAGUAAUGGAUUUGUUAAAAGGGAUUUAGAAUUGGAAUGUUUCAGAAAGCAGCAACUCUAUUCAAGCCUUGCUUUGUUUACAAAAAUGAAACAGAAUGCAGUGCUUUAUUUCCAGUUUAGUCUAUUUAAGCUUCAUAGAAAUUGCUGUGGAUUUCAGUGGGAGUGAUUUGUUAUUAAAUACGAAUAUGAAACCCAAAGUCCCCCAAGAACUGCUAUGAACAGAAGCAAAUUUGCUCAAAGGGCAAGAGCAAGCCUCAGUAUAAUUUUUAUACAAAGCCUGGAAUAUCAUUGUUAUGACAUCACAAAUUUGUUAGCUGUUAUGCGCACUCCUGAUAAAUUUCAUCAGCCUACGGUGGUCCUGUGAUGGUCCCUUUCCACUGAUGGACAAGGUAGAGGACGACUGAGUCUUUUCUACUCUACUCAAGUCUUCUACGCAAGUCUUCUCCACCCCUGCUUAUGUGUAAGAAAUAUAAUCCAAUGAGGCGUGAUAUUGUAGGUAAAUAAUCAACAACGGGAGUGGACUUAUAAAAGUAUUGAGUACUGAGCCUUUCACUGUUCACUAAAGAGCUCUUAAACCAUGAUAUAUGACACUGGAUUGCUGUGCACAAUAAGUGACAAAUUAACCUGUGGCCUGAGUCUUGAUUGUAUAGUAAAUAUUCCUAUAUACCUAUUGUUGUAUUAAAAUAUGGAUGCUAGGAAAUGACACAGCAUUAGUGUGUGUGCAUGUGAGCAUUUGUGAUUGAUGUUGAAUCCUUACAACUGACAUCCAAUGCUAUGUGAUUAAUAUAUAUACACCGUUUCUAAAUAUUUCUAAAUAUUAAAUUCAAAAGUGGUGGAGGGUCUGUCAACAGUGUUGGCACGAGCACUGGAGAAUAAGAACAUACUAGGAUGCAAAUAUUAUAUGGUAAUAUAAUCUGGUAUAUGUUUGUGUGCUUUGGAAUGUGCUUCAAGUGCUUUUAAAAUCAUCAAAUGUGUCAUGGAGGGGCAGUAUGCAACAUGAGGGUCUGUGAUUGCUGAGAAAUGAUGAAAGCGUGAAGGGCUUUGGGUGGUUUCAUAAUCCAGUGCUAGAAACGGAGAUACACAAAUAGGUCAGCUGUGAUAAGUACAAGAGUAGUGUAAGGGAAGCGUAGUAACCGUCAAAGAUUUUGAGGGAAAGUAGCACCUGAAUGACAGAAAGACAAAAUUACAAAACAAAGAACAAUUUCUUAUUUCAUCAUGGAAGGAUUGGAUUUUUCUUCGAUGAAGGUGACCAGCCGACCAGAAAUGUUUGAAUUUGAAGGCAUCUCUAUGAUUCAUUAUUUCACUGAUGACUGGGAAAAUGUUCAGAACUUCCAGGCAAGACCAGAUGACAUUCUCAUUGCUACUUACCCCAAAGCAGGCACCACCUGGGUUUCCUACAUCUUGGACCUACUUUAUUUUGGCAAUACAGCACCAGAGCGUCAGACCUCAAUGCCCAUCUACUUGCGAGUGCCUUUCCUAGAGAUGGUUAUUCCUGAGAAGGCUACAGGGGUCGAACUAGCAAAUAAUUUACCCACCACACCAAGACUCAUCAAAACUCAUCUACCUGUUCAACUGGUGCCCAAGUCCUUCUGGGAACAGAACUGCAAGGUUAUCUAUGUAGCUCGCAAUGCCAAAGACAAUGCUGUGUCUUAUUUCCACUUUGAUCGUAUGAAUGAAGUACAACCUGAUCCAGGAGACUGGAACAAUUAUCUACAGAUGUUCAUGGAUGGAAAGACUGUGUUUGGACCUUGGUAUGAUCACGUGUGUGGCUACUGGGAGAAGAAGCAGACAUACUCCAAUCUUCACUACGUGUUCUUUGAGGAUAUGGUGGAGAACACUGAUCGUGAGGUGAAGCAUCUGUGCUCUUUCCUUGGUUUAUCUACACCAACAGAAGAGAGACAGAGAAUUACAAAAAAAGUCCACUUUGAUGUCAUGAAGAAAAACAGGAUGACCAACUACUCCACAGUCUCAGUCAUGGACUUUACCAUCUCACCAUUUAUGCGCAAAGGUAAAGUUGGCGACUGGAAGAAUCAAUUCACUGUGGCUCAGAAUGAGCAGUUUGAUAAACACUACAAACAGAAGAUGAAGAACUCAACUUUACAGUUCCGCACCGAGAUUUAGGGCAUCAUGAGACCUCAGAUUUGUAAUUUACAUGUUGACUCAUUUUAUUCAGAUUAUUUUAUCCAUUCUGCCUACAUUUUAACUUGUGAACUGUGCAUACUGUAAGGCAUAAUAUAAACAAUUAAUUUUGUUAGGAUACUGAUUUAUAUAAAAAUUACUACAAAAUGUACAUUGCUUACUACAAAGCAACACUGUUUCCUAGACUUUCUCACUCUUUAAAUGUCUACAGAGCAUUUCUGUAGUUAAAUAAAUUUUACCAGAUAAAAAGACAUUUAGGUUGUACCUAACUGUGAAUAUGCAAAUAUCAUAUGCAAUGAUUUGAGUUUUUGUCAAGAAUUGUAUUUUGCCCAAUGUAAUUUGAUAUACAGAGUUUAUAAAUUCAAAAUUAGACUUUUGUCACAGGUACAAUCCUUGCAAAUUCAAUGGAAGCCCACAUUUAAUGCACCAACAUGCAAAAUCGAGAUUGCUGUACAAGACAGCAAAAAAUGAGGGGUUUAUAUAAAAGAGGCAACAAGACCCAGAUGUAAAGGUCCAGAGCUGGUAAUGACCAAGCAGUGAUUAUAUAAAAGUUAACUAACUUUGGGCUUUGGCUCUCUCUGGUGGUCAUUCCAGCAUGUGACAUUUUCAUAACCAACAUUUUAGAGACAUAUACACAGAAUUAGAGUGACAAACAAAAAGGGCAUCUCAAAGGGUGGGCGAAAGGGCCAUGUAUUAUUGAAAAAUGCUUUAUUGAGUUAGAGGAGACAAAGUACUCAAAUAAAAUCGUCCUGUAAAUCCUGUAAUAAUAUCGCAUGGUAGUUUUGACAACUCUCUCAAGGGAACGUAGUUAAUGCUCAAAAUGUUUUCAAAUGUUUAUUUGUAUACUAUCAUUUAUGUGUUUGUUUGUUGGUUUAUGUGAUCAUUCAUUAUGUGAAUAAGGACUGAUCUUAUUUUGAUUCGGAGAAAAGAAUGCAGGUUUAUAGUGUAAAGUGUGAAAAGCCUGUUUUGUUUUGAAAUUAUGUAAAGAUAAAGUUCAUUAAAACUGUUUUAUUCAUCAGUGGGCUGAAUAAUUGUGACAAAUGAAAUGGUCUUUUUUAUGCAGCAUCCAGCAUCCCCUUUCCUCACUGGUU